CCUCCCCCUCCCCUCGUUUGAAAGCUGCGAGCGCCCGGGCCGCGGAGAGUUUUCAGUUCGGCUUGCGACUUGGUCGACGUGGUCGUGUUAGUGCCGUUCGUCGAGUGUUGCGUUAGUUGAGACUUGAAUAUAUUGCUGCGCUGCACGCUUGUGUUUCUCAGAGCCAAAGGGGAAUUCAAAGACCCUUUUCCAAGUGUUCGACAUGGACGACGUUAUAUUCUCCAUUAACAACAUCCAGGAUCAAUUCAAGGCCUUGAGUCAAAAGCCCGUGGACCUUCCUCAAAUCGUUGUGGUGGGAAGCCAGAGCACGGGAAAGAGCUCUGUAUUGGAGUCGAUUGUGCGCCGCUCCUUCCUACCUCGUGGAAAAGGCAUUGUCACUCGUUGCCCUUUGAUCUUACGACUGGUGAACUGUCCUAUUGGUGACAGUUUACGUGAGAAGAGUGGUUCUUCUUAUGAUGAAUGGGGAGAGUUUGAUGGGGUUGUUGGGGAGGAACACACUGUUUACCCAAUAACACAGAUUGAAAGAGAAAUUGAGCGAAGGACAGCAGCACUAGCUGGACAGAACAAAAACAUUUCAAAAAUUCCUAUUGUUUUGAAGAUUUUUUCUCCGUUUGUUCUGACACUAACACUUGUGGAUUUGCCAGGCAUCACAAAGGUGGCUGUUGGAGAUCAGCCCGAAGACAUAGAGGACCAGAUUGUCAGCCUUAUAAAUGACUACAUUCAAAAUCCAAAGAGUAUUAUUUUAGCUGUAAUAACUGCUAACACAGACAUGACAACUAACGAGUGUCUGAAAAUGGCAAGAAAGGUUGAUCCUGAUGGUGAACGCACAAUAGCAGUAGUUACAAAACUAGAUUUAAUGGAUAAAGGAACUGAUGCCACUGAAAUUUUGAAUGGAAUGUGCAUUCCUGUAAAACUUGGCAUCAUAGGUGUAGUUCUUAGGUCUCAAAAAGACGUUACUGAUGAAAAGAGUAUCGAAGAUGCUAUUAAAGAUGAAGAAAAUUUUCUGAGGAGCAAUUACCCAGAGUUAGCCCAUAAAAAUGGAAGUGCAUACCUUGCCCAAACCCUACAAACAUUACUUAUUAGGCACAUUAAGACAUGCCUUCCAGACAUGAAGGCAACUUUUGUCCAACGGCUGGAGGACUGCAUUAGUAUCCUGGAUAAGUGUGGAGAGGAAAUAGUGGAUGAUAAAGGUUCCUUGCACCAUAUGAUAAGUAUGUUUUCUCAAUCAUUCUGUAAGAUGAUGAAGGGAGAAUGUGUGGAUAUAGACUCCAUGUUUCUGACUGGAGGAGCCAAACUUUGUUGUAUUUUCAAAACCUUGGAGACUUCACUCAUGUCUAUGGUACCAUGCCAGAAAUAUUCUACGGAAAAAGUUAUCUUAACAAUCAGGCAAACCAGUGGCCCGGAGCCACCAAUGAUAUUUAGUGAACUAGCUUUUGAGGAAUUAAUGAGACCACUCAUAAGAACCAUGCGGCUGCCAUCGAGGCUUUGUAUUGAAAAAGUCUCUGAUGAACUGAAGGAGGUGUGCCGUAAAAGCAUUCCCAAGGAUAUCGGAACCAGAUUUCCCAGGGCGGCAACUGAAAUAUCUUCCGUGGUGAAUAGUAUUAUUGACGAAUUAACAGAGAAAACAAAACAAUUUGUAGAACAGUCUAUACUGAUUGAAGAGACGCACAUUACACAUAGUCAUUUUUUAAAAUUUAAAAAUGAAUCUCUUCAAGCAAUUUUAAAAGAAGAUGACCAAUCAAAGCUUAAAAUUCCAUUUACUAGUGACUACUACUUCAGCCAAAAAGCAAAAUCUUCUGAGUACAAUAUAACUGAAAUCCUGAAACCAACUAUUCAAGACAGUAAGCAUGUCAUGGUGCUAGGUGACAUGUUGAAUGUUUACUAUGGAGUAGUUGCAAACCGCAUUCAGGACACUGUGACGAAGGCCACAAUGACUUAUUUGGUAAAUGGCCUCCAAAAUAAUAUGCCAUUGGAACUAGCCGCCAAGCUGCAAGGUAUGGCGAAAAAACUGUUCAAAGAGGAAGCUAAUAUAACAUUCACCAGAAAGCAGAAGCAGAAGGAGUAUAUUGCAUUGAAAAAUUCCCUUAAAGAGUUGGAUGCUCUGGACUAUGAGAUGACAAACAAAUGUGAGUUAGAAUUCUAGUACUUGUAAAAGGUGGGAAGAAAAGUGUUCUAGUUUGGUGAAUCAACAAACAAGUUUCUUAUUUAUUUUGUCAUAAAUUUAAAUGUGUGUAAUCAAUGUGAUAAAUUGGUGCAUAGAAUCUCC